AUGCCAUCAAAUAGCAUGCUUAUUGUUCCAUCACAUUUUUCUGAUGAAGAAAAAAGAUUAAAAGAAAAAUUUGAAUUUUUUAAACAAUUUAAAUUACAAACAAGUUCUGAAAAAUUUGCAAAUAAAAAACCUUUAUCAGCUAGUAUUUUAAUUGAUGAUGUUAGUAAAAGAGGAUUAAAAAGAUCUGUUGAAACAUCACCAAAUUGUACAGCUGCAGAUAUAGCACGGCUAAUUCAUUCUGGAGAAUUGAAAUCUCAAAAAAAAGAAACAUUCAAACGAUCAAAACUUGUAGGCAAUAAACGUGUUAUUGAAACAGUAGCAUUUGACUCAAAAAGAGAAGAAGACGAAAAACUUAGUGAUGGAGAGAUAAAUAGUCCUAUUAGAUCUCCAGAUCUUUCACAAGAAACAUCAUCAACUGAAAGAAAAAGGAGUGGUGUUACUUCUAAUACAAUAUAUAUUCGUGGAAACGAUUUAAUAUAUACUGAUGUUAAAGAAGCCUGCGAAGUUUAUGGGAAAAUUAUAAAAAUUUAUAUCCCACAAGAUAAAAAAUCUGCUUUUGCUGAAUUUGAUAAUCGUGAAAGUGCCGAAAAAGCUGUUACAGGGUUGAAUCACAAAAUGAUAUCAGGGUCAACGGUAAAAACAAAUUUUGCCCGUCAAAAGCAAUAG